AAAAUCACCAUUCGUGAUUUUUCAGAAACUAAAAUCUAAUGCAAAAUCAAAAACCAAAAAUCAAAAUCUAAAAUCCAAAAUCCAAAAACUAAAAACCAAAAUCCAAAAUCUAGAAACUAACCAAACAAUCAUCACCUUAAUUUUCUUACAUCUAGAUAAAUUCUCCUUUUGAACAAAAAAAAGGAAAAGAUAAUUCUCCUAUAGUCCUAUUUAUUAAAAAAGAGUUAAUUCUCCCAAAAUAAGGACGCAAGUCAAAGACCCCUUAACAAGUAUAAAGUUGCUUCUUCCGCAAGAAACUUCAAACUCUUCUCCCAUUAACCUCUUCCUCGUCUCUGCAACUUUAAAACAUUCUUCCUCUGGAGAUUUCUUCCUAAACCCACAGAAGCUUUAUCUCCGGUGAUUUCUCUGUCUCUCUCUAAUGGCGGACAAUAAAGAUUUAGACUCAAAUCCUCCCGCAGAAGAUCUAACGAUUUGCCCAUUAAAGAAGAUAGAAAUAGCACACGAGUCCGAGUCUGAGCCCGAGCUCAAGAAACAGAAACUCAAAGAGCUCCAGAGAAAAGCUUAUUACUCUGUUCUCCAUACUUCCAAAGCAGAAAACUCGGCGACAUCACACGUAACAACUUUUCUCGUGUACUCGCUUUCCUCAUUGUUAAACCUGUGUGCUCGUGUCUCAUGUUAAUCUUGUUCUUCAGAAGAAGUCUCACAUCAUACAAAGGUUGAUGAACGAGUGGAAGAUCGAUCAAGAAACACAUGUCUCUGUUGCUAAAAAGAUUGAUAACUCUGUAAGAAUCUACCCAUACUUUCCAAAUCAAAAGUCAGGGAAAUUGAUGCCAACAUUCAUUCUCUUUGUCUUCUCUGUUUUACUUUAGCAGGAAAGGAAUGCAACUUCGAUUCUCAACUUUGUUCCAGAGUCUCUUGUUGUGAAACGUAUCAGUGCAAGAUUGCCUGAUGAAGAGUGUCUCCCAAGUAACAAAAAUAUGAAACUCGAGGAGCUCCAUAAACAGGCUUACGAAGAUGUUCUCAGCGCCUUUAACGCAGAGUCUCCAACACUAUCCAGCUCAAGGGUUUUAAUUGUGCAAGACCUGCUUGAAGAAUGCAACAACAUCGACCACAAAGCUCAUAUCAGUGCCAAGAUUUAUGAUAAAGUCGAGACUGAUCCUCUACUGGUCGAACCGUUCAUCAAAUUUUUUAACACCUUAAAGAAGUUUCACCCUGCCGGCUGCAGAUUUCUUCCAUCAGAUGAUAUGAUGGCAAACUAUUAUCUGAAGAACAAAGUUCUAGGGCAGCCAAUGAACGCAUGUAUCAUACCUGGAGAAUGUUCCCACAUCUUCUCAAUACCUCCUCGUGAUUUGCCUGGCUAUCCAAUAGAAACAGAAUGGCAUUGCUAUUGCAUGAAAUCUAACGACCAAGACCCUCAGAGUCUCUGGACACGAGUGAGUGAAGAAACUAUUGUGUUUGAUCCACAGGGAAACGGUGUUGGUAUCAAACGUAGAUAUGCUCUCACUGAUCAAGAAAAAGAAUCUGAUGACAUUUUUUUGCCUGGCGAGAUAGAACCUCCAAGGGAAGAGUGGUUCAUUGAAGAAAUUAGUCUCCCACCGUCUGUUGCUGAUACUGACUUGGUUUUCUGCCAUGUUAUUUUCAAUAAGAUUGAGAAAGAAGAAAAAUAUGAAGAGGAAGAAGAAUAUGAUGAUGAUGAUGAAGAAGAAUAGGAAGAUUGUUGAUUUGUUUCCUCUGGCUUCUUAUCUCAAAAAAUACUCUAAAUGAUUCUGUUUUUAGGGACUAAAGUGAUAUGAUCUUUGUUUUUAGAUUGAAGUCUCUGUAAUCUAGUGAAAGUGUGAAACAUUACAUAAUGCUGUGAAGAGUUUUUUUAUAAUCAUUUUCAGACUUUUAUGAGUCAGACACCAUAAACAAAAUCUCAAAAACCUUGACAUGGCAGUGAUCUCAUCCUGCAUUCCCUGCAAAUUUAAUCUUC